AUGAGCCAGUACAUCACGAACCCAAGACAACAGUCGAGACAGCUGCGUAGGAACAGCCCAAGCGGCCAGGAACCGCAUUUCGCAACUUCUUCUGUCCCACUCAACCAGCGAAAUAGUAUCCUUGACCCGCACUUGUCGGUUCUGCAGCUUUUAGAUAGAGCUGAUCCUCCUUCCGAGCUCUCCUCGCUCAAGCACGGCGAGAUUGCGAAGCCGGCCACCCCUAGACGAAGCGGCUUCGAGUCCGUAAACUGCAGUAUUUCUGAGUCGUGGCAAUCCAUCAAACACACCGACUGCUCGAUGGUAAAUACUCAAGGAGACGCCACACACCAGCAUGCGGGCAUUCUGUCCUCUUCUGAUACGUCAGAGGAUGAGCCGGACGCUCAACUUUCGCCGUCACCUAAUAACUUUGCGUUCCCCAAUAGUGCUACAUCGAUUUUUCCGGAAGCGCCACACAACCUAGAGGCGUCAUCUUUGCGCGAAUACCAAAACUCUGAAAUUGCAAAUCCAAGAGAGGAAAAUGACAACGAAACCGUAACUAUGAGCUUAAUGAAUUCUUCUAAUUCUUUUGUGAUGCCCAAGCUUUCCCUGAUCCAGCAGUCUCAGAAGUUUUGUAUUCUCAUUGUUGGAAAGCCGGCCCAGCGAUUCUAUCGAGACAUCCCUAGAGCCUAUCACAAAAUGUUUGAAGUGCGUGACGUGGGCCACUUGAGUCCUCGCGAGAUGAACAAAUACAGCGCUGUAAUGGUUAUAUUUGGCGAGCCAAAAGAAGGGAAGGAGCUAUUGGAAAAGGUUGCUGCACACAACAGCAACAUAAUAGCUGUUUGCCAGCGUGGCCAGCAGCAGCAAAUUUCCAACAUACUGAACCGUUACUCAAAGUCUAACGAAAUUCGCUUGGUGUACCACCUGACUGUCAUGUCUGACCAUCAAGACGUUCACCGCUUGCUCAGAUAUCUCAACACCUUGAGUACUGAGGUCGACUCUGGGUACGAAACUGAAGUUGGCUCGCGAAAAAUAAGAAAGCGCCGGAAGUCAAGCAAGAAGAGAAGCCCUCAAAUCACAGUGAAUCGGUGGGUAAUUUGGAGCAUAUCCUUGACUGUUGGCGUGGGGUUAGGAUACUGUAUCUCUUGUCUUUUGUCAUCGACAUCCUCGACGCUUUCAGUCACUCUCCGUUCUGGGGAUGAAGUAACCAUCAUGGAGGAUAUCCAUAAUUCACCACAUGAGAGCCCCUUUGAUAACUAUCUCCGCCAUUUGCUUCUCGCAGUCAAGAGAGCUGUGAAGCAAGUAAAUUCGUCCUUCAAACAGUACUUGAGUGGCCAGUCGUUGCCUGUCCUUUGGAUGCAACGUAUAGGAAAGGAAUGGCUAUCAGAGGCUUCAGACCCGACGCUUCCUGGGGUGACGGCGUUGGAUUUAGUUUUGGUUUAG